AUGAGUUCGCGGACAUAUGAGGGAGCUGUCGAGAAGCUGAAUACUCUCCAGAGCAAUGCAGCAACACUGCAGGCUAUACGGGCAUCUGGCGCCCCUACAAAAGCCGAAUAUGCUAUCCCCGAGAUGAUAGGAUUUCUGCGUCGCAUUGGGUACACCCCCGAAGACUUGAAUAGACUCAAUGUCAUACAUGUCACUGGAACAAAAGGAAAAGGAUCUACUUGCGCCUUCGUUGAUUCCUUAUUGAGACAUUCUGACCCUUCUUGGAAAGUUGGAUUGUACACAUCUCCCCAUCUCAUUGCUGUCAGAGAGCGUAUAAGAAUCAACGGCGAGCCCAUAUCAGAAGAGCUAUUCGCUCGAUACUUUUUUGACGUAUGGGACAGGCUCGAGAACACAACGAUCGAAACACAGGAAUUUAGAACCCCUAAGCCUAUGUAUUUUAAAUUUUUAACCCUUGUCGCUUUCCAUGUAUUUAUGGAGCUAAAAGUCGAUGCCACAAUUCUAGAAGUUGGCGUGGGCGGUACGUACGAUAGCACAAACAUUGUGCCGAAGCCGGUUGCCACUGGCGUCUCGGCUUUGGGCAUCGACCAUGUGUUCAUGCUUGGGAAUACACUGCGUGAGAUUGGGUGGCAAAAGGGGGGCAUUUAUAAAGAGGGAGUUCCGGCCUUCACCGUGGAGCAACCUGCGGAAGGAUUAACGUCCCUCGAACAGCAGGCUAGGGACAGGAAUGCGUCUUCAUUCACCGUGUUAUCAACAAUACCCCAAUUAUCUGAACUGAAGUUAGGUUUGCAGGGCCAACAUCAGAUUCAGAACGCCACUCUCGCCAUCCACCUAGCACAUCACUUCCUGGGUGUUAAACGUCCGAAUCUGGCACCUGCACUCCCUGCACCAUUGUCACAUCUUUUCAUAACCGCGCUGGAGAAAACACGUUGGCCAGGGAGAUGUCAAGCGGUAGUCGACCCAUCUCGCCCAGGGAAGGAAGAUGGAAGCGGUUCGACGACCUGGUUCUUGGACGGCGCACAUACGGUCGAAAGUUUGAAGUCGUCAGCCGAAUGGUACUUCUCGCCAGGGGUUGGUUUGAGCGGAACUGAUAAAAGGCAAAUUGAUCAUACUGGGCCGACGCGAAUCUUAAUCUUCAACUGCACCAGUGGGAGGUCGGGGAAAACAUUUUUGGGGACUUUGCUCAGCACUGCCGAUGUCCUGCUCAAAACUCAUGAGGGUUUUGCCCAAAACAUCGCCGCGAAGGCAGGGUUGUUCGAUCAUGUCAUCUUUUGCACCAACAUCACGUACACGGAUGGGAACUUCAAAGGCGAUCUCAGGAGUGUAGCCAUGACUGAUGCCGAACGUGACAAGCUGACGCCUCAGAGAGAACUCGAGGCAGCAUGGAGAUCACUUGUCCCUUCCUUCCCCGAGGAAAAUGUGCAUGUCUUACCGACUGUGGGGCAUGCCGUCCAAGUCGUAAGAGACGUCGAAGAGGCAGACCCUUCCGCCAGUCUCCACGUCGUCGUCGCAGGUAGUCUUCAUUUGGUUGGGGGUGUGAUUGAGGCAGCUGACCUCGCCUCAGUGGCAUUGGCCACAAGCCACGUUUGA